GUCUUCCGAGUAACGCACAACCGGUGGCAGCAUGUGGCGUAUCGUGCUCCUCUUCGCAGUCCUGCACUCAGCGUACACAAACCCAAUUACAUCCUGUGAAAAACUGGAGUCAAGUCUAGUGCGUGAGGCCACGACUUUCGGAAAGCGGGCAUUGAUCGAGUCGGUUGAGGUACUUCAGCGCAUUAUCGAUGCUGCCGAGCGACUGGACCCCAACGAGAUGGAUCGGAUUAUAUUUGAUGAAAUUGCCACAUUCAUUGAACGGGCCAGCCACAAAGUUGACUUUGAGGAGCUAAAUGACUUGUUGAUAUGGCUAAUGGAUCUAUUAGAUCUAUAUUAUGAAGAGCAGGAAGAUGAUGGCUUGGAGAUAAACGGAUCCGAGAGUCUUGUGGACAAGCUAAUGCGUCAGUUUGGCUUCGACACAUUCGAGCAGAGCCUGGAAAGGCAACUUUUCACCUUCCUGGAACGAACUGAAGAUCACAUUGAGGCUUAUCUAAGAAGACAGAACAUCAAGGACUCGGAGCUGCCAAACUGGUUUACGGCCUUCAAAGACGAAAGUGAUAUUGAAAUUAAGUAUUUGAUGUUAGAAGACAUUAUUGAAGACUUAGAAUGCUAACCUACUUCAUAGAAUGGUUAACUAAAAUAUUUUAGUUUGAGUUUCCAUUAGAUAAG